UGGAAAAGGCUGUCUAGAUUCCCAGCAGUUAUUGCCACUUGCUAUGCGCCAUUUGCAGAAUAGUUGGGAAUCCCUUCCCUUCCCUGUUGGUCGCUUGAGAAUCUAUGCGAGGAAUAACUCGCCGCGGGGGGAUCAGAACACGAAGACGCCUGCUCAAGCGGAAUAGCCCCGAGUUCAACUUCUCCUCCACAGUUGUCGGAGAUCAGCACGGGCCGUCAUAUACUCCAAGGCUGCAUCCAGUCCGACAAGAUUAGGUGACACGAGAGCCUGAUUCCUGUCAUUCUCAUGAUAUCGAGUAUGGAUAUAUGUAAUACUGCAGCUGCCCGCUGUCGAUGGGAGGGAUGUUCAGAUCAGCCUCCCCGCUCCAUCCCAAGUGGGACGAGAGAUCCUCCGUGUCAACUUGUCCCGACAGAGGACACGCGGACGAUUUGAUGUUGAUGACUUCCGUUUCAGGGUCCCCGUCUUCGGGCCUCGACCGCAUUCUUAUCGAGCAGAGACGCGAUGGAUGGCGGCUCAGGCCAUGUCGGGGCACUGUGCGCUUCCGCGCAUUCGAGGCGAGAAUGGUGUUGUUGUUGCGUUUGACGAUUGCAGGGCGCGUGAAGCUUCAAGAACAGGAUCCAGCCCUGUCCACUCACGACGCAUUCAUUAGCUGUACUCAGUCGCAGGGUGUGUCGUAUGCGAAGCUCCAAUCAUCAAGAAGACCCUCUCGCGCAUGCCGCGAAUGGGCCCGCUCCAACAUCCCCCGCUACGCUACGCAAGCUACAGAACGGGCUGCAAGACAUGGAAGACAGCGGCUGUAGUCGGUCGUCAAGUCUGCCGUUGAAUCAGGAAGCUGGAGAACCCUCUGUCUGGGAGCCGAUCGGAGCCACACUGAGAACCUGAUGGAUGCCCUCUUCCUCGGUCUGAAGGGGGAGGCCGCCAAACAGGCUAUUUCGGGCGAGCGCUUCUCAUUCGCCGACGGAGCUGCGGCCUUGAUCGACCCUCAUGUGCUAACUCACAUAUGUCCGACGCGCAGAUGAGUUUCUUACGAGCGAGUGUCAUCUUGCCUUCCCAA